AUGAGCAAGCUGCUGGCGUGGGGCGACGCGCUCUUCAUCGUGCGCUGCGAACUGGGAGAGCUGCAGGUACAGCGCGUGUGCAUCGACGCGGAGGAGAAGAAAGUCUCGCUGCGCUCAUGCACUGUCAAAAGCGAAGACGAAGCGGCUGCGCUGCCUCUAGACGCUCGUCUCGUCGCUGCCAACGAAGUCGAAGAUCUCGAGCUCGCUGUUCGCUAUCCCGUGUUGGUGUUCCUGUCAUCCCAAAAAGACUUGGGAGAGCGAAAAGACGCGAGCGCUUUGACUCAAUCUGCAGUUCAGACGCAUCGACGACCGAUCGAGGCUUGUGACUCACUUUCGUCAACUGUUGAUGCUGAGAUGGCGCUCAGCGAUUGGCUGAUUGGCUGUGUCCUGUGCGAGACUGAGGACAAGGACGAGAUCCGCUGCGUGCGGCUCUUGCACACAAACAAGAUGUCAGCACGCAUCGAUAGUGACGAUGCUGCAAUGGCAGAAAAGGGAGGAGAGGAGAUGCUGCAAGUUUUCCUAGUUGACGGACCGCACGUGCUGCUGUUUAAUCGUCGGUCGCAACGAGCGACGGUAUUGGACCUUUCAAAAGAAGCGCUACAAAACGACUCGUUCGAGUUGCACAGAUGGAACGUUGAGCUGGACAAGGUACAUGGCACCUCAAGCGACGCUACAGCGGCCUUUGAUGUGGUGUCUUGUGCGUAUGUGUCCGAAGUGCAAAGCACUAGACCGCACAUGCUCAUCCAUAUGCAAGAACGACUGUCAAGUUCUUUACCUGCCAUCAAACGUCACUCGUGGAUCGUCGUGGAUAUGAGUUGCAACAGUGGCGUGUGUACCAGCAUGAAAAAGGAGUCGUCAAAGUGCCACUACCUACCUAUAUUCCCCUCGAUUACAGAGUGCAAAGGAGCAAUGUUAAAUCCUGAGCGAGUAUUAUGUUGCUGUUUCGUUUCCAAGUUGAGUGGUUGGAACUUCGUUUCAUCAGCCUUUAGUGGAACAGAUGCAUAUACAUGGGAUCAGGGAGCAAGAAAUCAAUCGGGCCAGCCGGAUGUAGAUGUGUCGACGCUGGUGGUCACUGGUACAACAAGCAAUACGGUAUAUGUUCAUAAAAAUGGGAUCCUACUGGUCUCCUACGUGCUGCCUUCUCGACCAGCAGAAAUGUGGCCCGUAGAUGGAGACAACAUGGACCAACACCAUGUACUCUGUGUGCGCUGUGACGAUGCAGAUCGUUCGUUUCAUAUGCUCGAGCUUCGCAGCAACUUGCACGAAGCAUCGAUCAAGCUACUUUUGUCGUUCAAGCACGUAGGUUUCGUGCACAUCGGAGAUUUUGCCGGUUCUGGUGUGUUAGCAUUGCCCCAGGUUCUUCUACUAAAUGAUGUUCGGAAUCGUGUCGGCUUGAUUGAAGGGGGCACUGAUGAAGUUCUGGACCACAAACAGCUUGUGAAGCGCAGUGUCCUUGUCUCGCAGACGGCAUCGUUAUCGGAUGUAGUGCUGUCCUGUUGUCGGCUUCGACUACGUGAAGAAAAGCAAACCAGGCGGAGCGUACGCUCUCGUAAAAGGUGCCACAGCGACAAAACGAACAGUCUUGCUGAUACCCAGGCGGAGUCAUUCCGUUACAUCGAACGCACUCAAAAAGCGUCGUGUCGUGAUCGAAGCGUGAAGGGCUUGGGACCUGCGACGGAUGGCGCAUCUCUUGGAUCUGCUUCGCAUGCGCAGCUUGACAAACUUGCAAGCUCUCUCUCUGUACGCCUGGUUGAUGGGUUGCAGGAGCUGGAACGAUUGCAAAUCAUUACCAGCGAUAAGAUCUUGCUAGUGCACCGACUGAAUCAGCUUUUCGUACAACUGUGGCAACAACUGCAGGGUGGAUAUCCCAGCAACAAAUGUUCACUAUUGAUGCCACUUGUUCCAGCCCGAGGGGUUGAUAGCCACCACCUUAGUUGUAUAGAAAUGGAAACGAUUGUAAGCGGGACUAACGUCCCUCGAGUUGAUGUAAAAGUUGAAUCGAUCGAGCAUGAUUCAAGGCACACAUCAGGUGAUUUCAAGCUGGAGCAGCAAGUAUUGUUGGAGCAGUUCAAUGUGCUCGAAUACGUGCCGUCAUCGUCACUUUUUCACGCAGAAGUUGUUGUGAAGAACCUGUCCGACAUCGCAUUGGGCGAUAGUUUUGUUGUGUUGACAGCACCGAAAGGGCGAAAAGCCCGUACGCGGGGCUGGCGGUGCUCGUGCUCAGUAGCCCCUCUUCUGGAUACGGAAGAACGUGAAGCCCGAUACCAGCUCGAGUUUCAAUUUGCACCAGACUUCUCACUUCUUCGGGAGCGAAAACCGUUGAAUGCAAUGCUAUGGCUGCAUUGGAAUGCCCCGCCUGACGAUCUUGUCUCCAACACGACUCUGACCUGGCAUCCAAGUGAGUCCGCUGUUGCGAUUGCGUCAGUCAGCAUUGACCUUCAACGGCUAGUUGGCAUUGAUGGCAAGUUGCGGAAUACAGCCAGGAGUAGUCGGAGCGGGGGAAGAAGCCAUGCCAACGAUACAAACCAACUGCUUCUUAUCUCGUCCGGGUCCAAUCUGGCCGCAUGGUUUGGCCGAUCGAGUUCCGAAGUACUGCUCACUUCGGUUGAUUCUGUAAUUCGGCCAACUUGUGCCCUGGUAAAUCUAAACCCGAGAUCUGUCGAGUCGAUGCCGUACGAAUUGGAUGGGAUCAUUGCAAGCCUUCCGCCAGAUGUUUACGCAAUGCUCAAUCCCUUUCAUCAUAUCCAUUUACGUGCGCUACAGCGUGUGUUGCGUUCGAUGCGCCGGGAGAUUCUCAUCACUUGCUCACGAAGACGAAAUAAUGCAGAUACGAAACACGAUUCAGCUGCAAAGCAGAAAGAGCACAUACCGAAAACGGACGAUUGCGAUAUGGUAUCGAUGAUCCGUGCGGCACAAUGUAACACAGACUUUCAGGUCACUCGAUUGCUUCAUGGUCUGCAGAAACGUGUCAACUUCCAUUCGACGUGGUUUGACGCAACUGCGAGCAACGGAUAG